AUGACCGACCACCGGCGCCGCGUGUCACACUCUCAUGAGGGAGGCCGUGCCGGGCUCACUACGAGUCAAGCUUCCAGUGAACAGCGUACAUUGCUGUGGCAGCAUUUCUUCUAUCUUGUCGUGCAGAGAGGCUCCCGUCUCCCUGAGCGUCUGGACGUAUUAGCAAAUUUGCCGCAGGAUCUUGCCCCUCUCCCUCAUAUCCAACCUGUUUCCCCGGAAACGGACAUGGAGAUUUCAGUAAAGCGCAGGAGCGGGAAACCAUACACGGGCUCGAUCGAUGCAGAUCACUUCGCGCUGCAAGCAGAAGAGCUCCAGCAGGCCUGGACCUUUCUACGAGCCACAGCAGAGCCUGCUGCCCUCACCUCACUAGGAGUGGAAGAAUCCACAGCGGAGCCUAUGCCUCGCUUUGCAGCGGCAGAGCCUAUCAACACUCCGCUACCUGAUGCUCCCAGUGACCUUAUCCAGCAACCACAGCUGACGGUGCCCACCAUCGGCCAGAGCAUCCUGAUACCUGAAAGCUUUGUGGUAGACGUUUCACUAGAUGACACCACGUAUGAGCUGCAGCUUCCGCAGAAUUCAGACAUUUUGACCGAGCUUUUCAAUGUCUUGGGAAAAAACUAUUUCCAUAUUUUGAACCCCGCGGAGCACGGAAGAGGAAUGAGCACUGACGAUUACUGCCGCUACUACCGUGAGCACCCGGAUGGCCGGCUUGACGCAAUCAUUAUGAGCAGGCCCAAUCUUUCAUACUCUCGGUCCACGCAGAAACCAGGGACUGGACGGCCAGUAGUGGAGACUACUGAGCUUCUAGAGGCCAGGGAAUGGCUUCAAGAUGCGAUUGCAAUGCUGGGUCGACUGCGCGCUGCGGCCCAUGAGGCGAGUCAACCCUCAUCUGACGGAGAUUUGGAACUCUGA